AUGGCGUGGCUCCAUCAGAGUCGAGGUUCUCCCAGACUCGUCCUGGUGGUGGUGUGUGUCGCUCUGCUGCUCGACAACAUGCUGCUCACUGUGGUUGUGCCGAUCAUCCCGACGUUCCUCUACGCCAUUGAGCAUCCAAGUCCAGAGCCCCAGACUGCCCAGCCUUCCAUGCUCUCUCUGCCCAGCCUCAGUGCACCACGCUUUGGCACAGUGCCCUCCCCCAGGUUAAACAUCCAGACCCCCCGCCCUCAGCCCAGCUAUAGUGCACCAGUCCUGGGUACACAGUCAGAGCAGAGCCCCCGGCCGUCUCCUCCCACCUUCUCUCCUCUGGUGUCUCUGUUCGACAACACAACCUUCAGUCUGCAGGAGAUCCGGACUGAACCAACCUCUGGCACCGAGCCGACAGACCAGACCAGCUGGGUCACAGACCUACAGAUCAACGAGACUACUAAUGCUACAGAGUCCUCCUGUCUUCAGGACAGUUCGUUUCUGGAGGAGGAAAAUGUUCGUGUUGGUUUGUUGUUUGCCUCUAAAGCUCUCGUCCAGCUGCUCAUCAACCCGUUUGUUGGCCCUCUCACUAACAGGGUCGGGUAUCACAUCCCCAUGUUUGCUGGUUUCAUCAUCAUGUUCGUGUCAACCAUCAUGUUUGCGUUCUCAGGCACAUACGCUCUGCUGUUCUUCGCUCGCUCUCUGCAGGGCAUCGGCUCGUCCUUCUCCUCUGUGGCAGGUCUGGGUAUGCUGGCCAGUGUGUACACAGAUGAUGAGGAGAGAGGCAUCGCCAUGGGCAUCGCACUGGGAGGACUGGCUAUGGGCGUCCUGAUCGGAGCUCCGUUCGGCAGUGUGAUGUAUGAGUUCGUGGGGAAGAGGGCCCCCUUCCUGAUCCUGGCCUUCCUGGCUGUGUUUGAUGGAGUGUUACAGCUGUGCAUCCUGCAGCCUUCAAAGAUCUCUCCAGGGAGUGUGGAGGGGACCCCGUUACUGACGCUGUUAAAAGACCCAUACAUCCUCAUCAGUGCAGGUUCUCUAUGUUUCGCCAACAUGGGUGUGGCCAUCCUGGAGCCGACUCUGCCCAUCUGGAUGAUGCAGACCAUGUGCUCCCCUAAAUGGCAGCUUGGUAUGGCCUUCCUCCCUGCGAGUAUCUCCUACCUGAUAGGAACAAACCUAUUUGGUAUUUUGGCCAACAAGAUGGGAAGGUGGCUCUGCUCCAUGUUAGGGAUGUUUAUCGUUGGCGUCAGUCUGCUGUGUGUUCCUUUUGCCACCAAUAUCUACGGUCUGAUUGGACCAAACGGCGGUCUGGGCUUCGCUAUAGGUAUGGUGGACUCCUCCAUGAUGGCCAUCAUGGGAUACCUGGUGGACAUCCGUCACGCCUCUGUCUAUGGCAGCGUCUACGCUAUCGCUGACGUGGCGCUGUGUAUGGGGUUCGCUAUCGGACCAUCCACAGGGGGCGCUCUGGUCCAGGUGGUGGGUUUUCCCUGUCUCAUGGUGUUUAUCGGGGUGAUCAACAUCCUGUAUGCACCACUCUGCUUCCUGUUACGUAACCCUGCCGUCAGUGAGGAGAAAAUGGCGAUCAUCGAUCAGGAGUGUGUGAUGCACAGGAAGAGCUACAACACGCAGAAGGAGAGUCGUGAGUUUCCUCUGAGCGACUACAGCGAAGAAGACGAGACGGAGGAGUGA